AUGCCUGCUCCUCUCCAUCAUGCCGGCUCAAGCCGUCUUUGGUUCGUCUUUCUCAUCUCCUCUGCUAUACUGGCUGUCGUAUGCUCGCAGGCUGUUACCGUUCCACAGGCCAGAGAUGUCGCUCAGGUAGCCGUAGAGGAGCGCCAGUCUUCCUACGUCUACCCGGACCUGAGGAAUGCUUCGAUCCACGACCUGCAGAAUGGACUUGGGGGCGGUCACUUUAGCAGUGUAGACCUGGUCAAGGCCUACCUGCAGCGGAUCGAAGAGACCAACGACGUACUUGGCGCCGUCCUCGAGCUUGCUCCAAGAGCGUCUGUGAUCAAGCAGGCAAAGGCCCUCGAUGCCGAGCGGGCCAAGAGUGGGCCCAGAAGCCCACUCCACGGUCUGCCAGUGCUGCUCAAGGACAACAUUGCUGUAGAUGCCGAGUAUGGAAUGAACACCACUGCCGGUUCCUAUACCCUGCUCAAUUCCAUUGUCCCUGGAGAUGCGCCUCUAGUCAGCAAUCUGCAUGCAGCCGGUGCUAUCGUCAUUGGGAAAACAAGCUUGAGUGUCUGGGCCAAUUUCCGUGGCAAUCUCACGCAAGGUUGGUCGCCCCGCGGUGGCUACUCUUCCUCGGCCUACUUCAUCGGUGGAAACCCCUGCAGCUCGUCUUCAGGCAGCGGCAUUGCUGCUUCAGUCGGUCUCGCACCUCUCAUUCUAGGCUCCGAGACCGAUGGUAGUAUCAACUGCCCAGCCUCUCGCAACGGUAUCGUGGGCGUCAAGCCAACAAUUGGCCUCGUUAGCAGAUUCGGCGUGAUCCCAAUCUCCUCCACUCAGGACACCGUCGGUCCCAUCGUCCGCUGGGUGGAGGAUGCCGCAACCAUCUUGACUACCAUCACCACUCCGCGCUCGUCUUCUGGAGGAUCUCCCUCUCUAGAUGCCGCGACGGCGAAGCAGCCAGACAGUGCCAACCAAGGCGGAAGCGGUGAAGACUAUGGCUCCCAACUGGCCAAUCUGGCUCUUCAUCAUAGGGACCUGCCACUCGAUGGCGUUCGAAUCGGCAUUGUGGAUGGUCUUUUCGUCAACACGACUUACAAUGGCUUCACUGACGACGUCGUAGACGCCUACUAUCGAGCUCUGGAUGCUCUAGAGCAGGGCGGUGCCACACUGGUUAAUGUCACACUUGGUGUGGUGCAGAAUGAGACUGCUCUUGACGCAGCCUUUGCAGCCGAGAAUACCGUCCUCUACACCGAGCUUCAAGCUGGAUUAGAGAACUACAUUAGCUUCCUCACCGAAGUUCCCUCUGGCACUCGCACCCUGGGCGCCCUGGUAGAGUUUGCCAACCAGCAUCCAGAUUUGGAGCUGCCCGUGACUGCAAAAGGAAACGAGAGCAGCCAGACGGACUUUCUCACCGCUCUCCUCUCGCCCUUCUAUGCGCCUCUGAAGCCAGGGCAGAGCACUACUGACUUCUCCCAACGCCCUCUCAAUGCCACAUACGCUGCGGCGCUCGUCGAUGGCAAGGAACGCGUCUCUGCAAGUAUCAGUGCAGCGCUAGACAAGUACAACGUGGGUGUCAUCGUAGGUCCUGCAGAUGGAUUCCUCUACUCCCUCGCAGCCAUCGCGGCCAAUCCCUCUAUGACGGUCCCUUCUGGUUUCUAUGGUCAGUCAGUCGAACCAGAAGUUGGAACUCGACCCGUCUGGCCUUUCCCUGGCGCGCCAGUGGGCUUGAGCUUCAUUGCGGAGAAGUGGGACGAGGCGACGAUGCUGAGGGUUGCACGGGGGUUUGAGGUCAUGCAGCAAAGGUUGGGGAGAGGAGGGUACGAUGGAGUGGUGAGGACACUGGAGCGUGUUACGCCUACGACGCAAAUUCAGGAUGUCAUGUGAAGGGUCGAUGUAGACUAGAAGCAGCGAGAGAAGAGCAGACGCACGACGGCUAAAUGUAGACUCUAUAGAAACAACGUCGUU